AUGAGGAAGGAGGAGCAGGAGGAGGAGAAAGAUGGAAGGAGGGUAGUAGCGUAUUGGAAGCUGUUUUCGUAUGCGGAUCCAUUGGAUUAUGGAUUGAUGGGAGUGGGUUCAAUAUGUGCUGUGGGAAAUGGGGUAUGUAUGCCGGUUAUGACCAUAUUCUUCGGCCAAUUAGUUGAUUCCAUCGGGAAAAGUGUGACCACCGCUACUGCCGUACACGAUGUUACACAGGUGUCACUCAAGUUUUUGUACUUAGCUGUGGCAUCAGCCGUGGUAUCAUUUUUGCAAGUGGCAUCUUGGAUGGUCACCGGAGAGCGGCAGGCAGCAAGAAUAAGAAGUUUAUACCUCAAGACUAUAUUGAGGCAGGAUAUCAGCUAUUUUGACGAUGUGAUCACUGGCGGAGAAGUGAUUGGGAGGAUGUCAGGCGACACCAUUCUUAUCCGAGAUGCUAUCGGAGAGAAGGUCGGAAGCUUCAUACAGCAAGUGGCUGCAUUCACUGGAGGAUUUGUCGUAGCUUUGGUUAGAGGGUGGCUACUCACUUUUGUACUGUUGUCUUCAAUCCCACCAUUAGUCAUUUCUGGUGCUAUCUUGCAUAAGGUGGUAGGCAGCUUUGCAUCCCGUGGACAAGCUACGUAUUCAACUGCGGCCACCAUCGCUGAACAAACAAUCGGCUCAAUAAGAACUGUAGGCAACAUAUGGUAGCAAUUUGGGUUUUAUGUUAUGGGAACUACAAAAUGAAAACAAGCGUAAUGCUGCCCUAAUAACAGGUUGCAUCAUUUGCAGGCGAGAAACAGGCCAUCGCUAGCUACAACCAGUCAUUGUCGAAAGCUUAUAAAUGGGGGGUGCGAGAAAGUGUGGUAUCAGGAGUGGGGUUUGGGAUGUUGAUGUGUA